CCCCUGUUCCAGAAAGCUUAGCUGAUGCCAUCCAGAGCGUGGCAAGUGUCCCGAACAUUAGUGCAAGCAACCGUGACAAAAUGUACAAAUUGGUGAAUGAGCUUCGGGACUUGGCUCAGGGCUUUUAUCCUUUGGCUGAGGAUUUCCCUGUGGUUGACAAAAACAGUGACAUCGAUGACAUCUCUGAACAUCAGAUUGAUGCAGCUGUGGAAAGGAUGAGGACUUAUGAUGGGGAUGGUCAUGACCCAUUAUUUGACAAAAAAGAAGCUAGAUUAAACCGUUUAAAGGAACGAAGACAAAAGAUAAGGAAGUUGAAGAGACAAGCAGAAAAGAAGAGAAAAAAAAUUCUUAAGAAAAAGCUAAACAGCACAAUGGAAGGAAAGGAAAAUAAAAAGCAUCUGGACAAUAAUCGCAUUAUGCUUGAAGCCAGGAAGCAGCAGAUCAUUGAAAAGAAAUUAGAAAGACUAACUACAUCAUCAAAAAAACAAAAGAAAAGGAGUCCACUUCUGGUAAAUGGGUUAGACAUCGAGAUAAACAAUAAAAGAAAGGGAAGAAUUCAUGGAGGGUUCCAGGUUUCAGAGCUACCAUCUGCCCAGAAAUCAGUCAAGUCAUUAAAUUCCAGCCAGGACGUGGAAACGCUAAACAGCAAGCGAAAGGGCAAGAAACGGAAAGGGGAGUUUUCAGAGCGGGUGAUAAAGACAAAGAAGAUGGCAUUCCAAGUUUCUGACAUUUCCACUUCACCAGGAAAGGGUGACACAAAAUGUCAAACACAGUUUGAAGUUACUGAUAUCUCCCUCAAAAUGGACUUGUCAAAUUUUAAAAAGGCAGACAAGAAUAACUCCAAGCUUGUGGCUGUUGCUCCUCUGGUCCCAAACAUAACCGCUGAACCAGAACUGAAUGGGAUUUCAAGACCAAAGAAGAAUGAGCUGCAAGAACCUACAAAAGCCAAGGUACAACAUUUAGGGAAACUGAAUGGGAAGGGCAAGGCAGUAUCACAAGUAAAAGCACCCAUGCAAAAUGGUGCAGUUUCCGUCAAAGCUACAGGAACUUUGAAGGCAGAUAAAGGGAAAGAAGAAGGGGAGAAAGGAGAAGAGCAAAUACCCACAUCGAAUACCUCAGAUAAUGGGAAAAAGAAGGGCUCUUCAAUGAAGUCUGCAAAAAAGGCAAAGAAUUCGGCAUGGGAUGAACCUUUGAAAGAGGGAGAAGUCGAAGUCUUCAUCAAAAGCCGAAAGGAAAUUGCCAAAACAAAGAAAAACAAAAGUAAGAUGAUCAGGCUUGGGGGUCUAGAGAGCCCUCACAACUUUGGUGAAAAGAGCAUCAAAAUCAACUUGAGGCACAACCAGGAGCACGAGUACAGUGAUUAUGCCCGCACCUUAAAGGACAGCCCUAAUAUACCCUACAACGCCAACAAGUUACCCAAAGCUCCUGUCCUGAAGCCUUCCCCCUCGCCCAUUCUCAUCAAGAAAUCUGCUGCCAAGACACUGAAAUCCAUUGCCUCAUUGACAACUCCCACGAAAAGGCAAAAAGCACAAGACUUUUUCUAGCCAAGUGAAAAUUGAGAUUGAUUAGGCAUGACAUAAAGUCAGCAGAAUGUUGUUUUUUCUAUUUUCAUUAUAGAAUUACUUUUUUUACAAGAACAUUAGUUGUUUUUAUAAUUAUCAUUGUAUUUUCUUUAUCUUUUUUUUAAAGGCUGGAAUCCAGUUUUGUUGCAAAUUUAAAUA